AUUCACUCUCGGUUCGAGCUCCUCAAACUGCGAGAGCACGGCCACCAUGUCCAUUGCCAUGGUAAGCUUGGCACAGCAGUUCAUGCUUGAGCUGAAGGCUCCACGAGCAUGGCUUCUGCUACUUGUUCCUCUCUUCCUCUUGCUCGUACGUUACUCGCUGUCCACGUUCAGUGCCAAGGGAGGGAGGCCGAGGCAGCAGGCAUCAGAUAACCGCCUACCGCCUUCCCCUCCGGCGCUGCCCAUCCUCGGGCACCUCCACCUCGUCGGCUCGCUCCCGCACGUCUCCCUCAGGAACCUCGCCAGGAAGCACGGCUAUGACGACCUCAUGCUGCUCCGCCUCGGCGCCAUGCCGGUCCUCGUCGUGUCGUCGCCGAGGGCCGCCGAGGCGGUGCUGCGCACGCACGACCUCGUGUUCGCGUCCCGGCCGCCCUCUCUGGUCGCCGAGAUCGUCCUCUACGGCCCGUCCGACAUCGGCUUCGCGCCGUACGGCGAGUACUGGCGGCAGGCGAGGAAGCUCGUCACCACGCACAUGCUCACCGUCAAGAGGGUGCAGUCGUUACGCCACGCCCGCGAGGAAGAAGUGAGCACGGUGAUGGCUCAGAUCGGCGAAGCGGCCGCCGCCGGUGCGGCGGUGGACAUGAGCGACCUGCUCGGCUCGUUCAUCAACGACCUGGUCUGCCGCGCCGUGAUGGGCAAGUCCUUCAGGAGCCAGGGCCGGAACAAGCUGUUACGGGAGCUCAUCGAGGACACCUCGCCGCUGCUGGCCGGUUUCAACGUCGAGGAGUGCUUCCCGUUGCUGGCUCGCUUCGGGGUGCUCAGCAAGGUGGUCCGUGUCAAAUCCGAGAGGUUGAGGAGGAGGUGGGACGAGCUGCUUGACAGCCUGAUCGAGGGCCAUCAGAGGAAGUAUGUGGCCGUGGGGGCGAGUGAUUCGUCGGAAGAUGACGAUGACUUGAUCCAUGUCGUGCUGUCCGUUCGACAGGAGUACGGCCUCACCAGAGAGCAGAUGAAAGCUAUCCUGCUUGACGUCUUCUUUGCAGGAAUAGGGACAGCGUCCUCGAUGCUCGACUUCACCAUGGCCGAGCUCAUGCGGAGGCCGCACCUGAUGGAGAAGCUUCAAGCUGAGGUGAACAGCAGCGUCCCCGAGGGAGCAGAUGAACUUGUCAGAGAAGCAGACCUAACCGACAUGACCUACCUGAGGGCCGUCAUAAAGGAGUCGCUCCGGCUCCACCCCGUGGAGCCUCUCCUUCCGCACUUCUCCAUCGCCAGCUGCAGCAUCGACGGUCACACGGUCCCUGCUGGGUUACAGGUCCUGGUCAACUCCUGGGCGAUCGGCAGGGACGCACGCUACUGGGAGCAUGCCGAGGAGUUCAUCCCCGGGAGGUUUAUCGGUGACGGCGGUGCUGCGCACGUUAACUUCAAGGGGAGCGAUUUCCAGUUCUUGCCUUUCGGCUCUGGACGGAGGAUGUGCGCUGGGGUGAACUUCGGGAUAGCCUGCGUGGAGCUGAUACUGGCGAACCUUGUGCAUCGUUUCGACUGGGAGUUGCCGGAGGGGAAGAAGGGAGGUGACAUCGACAUGUCUGAAGUGUUUGGGCUAGUAGUGAAGCGAAAAGAGAAGCUUCUCUUAGCUCCAAAGUUGCGUGUAUAGAUUCAUACUGUAUGUUGCAUAUAAGCACUAAAAUAAAUGUUGCAUGGCGGUGGAAUUCAUAUAAUAGAAUUUAUAUGAUAUAUGAUUGGUUGUAUACUUGUAUUAUAUUCUACAUAGAAAAGUGCACCAGCCAUCCUCAAAUGUAUUAUAUUCUGCAUAUAGUAGAAUUUGUAUGAUGAUUGGUUGUAUACUUGUAUUAUAUGUCAUCUUGUUGUCCAA